AGAAAGUCAAGCAAAGCCAAGGAGAAGAAGCAGAAGCGGUUGGAGGAGCGAGCAGCCAUGGAUGCCAUUUGUGCCAAAGUGGACGCCGCCAAUAGGCUUGGAGACCCUCUAGAGGCUUUCCCAGUGUUCAAGAAAUAUGAUCGAAAUGGGUUGAAUGUCUCUAUUGAAUGUAAGCGAGUGUCUGGACUGGAGCCAGCCACUGUGGAUUGGGCCUUUGACCUGACUAAAACCAAUAUGCAAACCAUGUAUGAGCAGAGCGAGUGGGGCUGGAAGGACAGAGAGAAACGAGAGGAAAUGACAGAUGACAGAGCCUGGUACCUCAUUGCUUGGGAAAACAGUUCCAUCCCCGUUGCUUUUUCUCACUUCCGGUUUGACGUGGAAUGCGGGGAUGAAGUCCUGUACUGCUAUGAAGUGCAGCUGGAAAGCAAGGUGCGGCGGAAAGGCCUGGGGAAGUUCCUCAUACAGAUCUUGCAGCUCAUGGCCAAUAGCACACAGAUGAAGAAGGUUAUGCUAACGGUAUUUAAACACAAUCAUGGAGCCUACCAGUUUUUCAGAGAAGCUCUGCAAUUUGAAAUUGAUGACUCUUCCCCUAGCAUGUCUGGUUGCUGUGGUGAGGACUGUUCCUAUGAGAUCCUGAGCCGAAGGACCAAGUUUGGGGAUAGCCAGCACUCCCACACUGGUGGACACUGUGGUGGCUGCUGCCACUGAACUCUCAGAGCCAGUUGCAAGUCACAGUGCUCUCUCCUAAGGCCUAUCCUCUUCCCUGGUCUCAUGCCGCGUGACAGGUUCCCUCAGAGCUGGUGCUGCCUCAGUCCUGCAUGUGCCAGGCUGUACUCUGAGAGCACAGGACCCUGGGAAGGAGGUCCAAACUACCCUCCUCCUCUCUCCUAGAAGACCAGAGUGCCAGGAGGGAGUGGAGAGGGAAGAGCUGGUGGAGGCUCAGGCACAAAGUCCAUCCUCACUCAGUGGCUGCCUCUUUGCCAGGCUCUUGCGCCUUUAAGCAGAAGGUCCCCCCACUUUUCUGCAGCUGGAUUCUUGACAGCCCCUCCCACAUGCACACUUGGACAAAUGGACUGUUUAUACCUGUCUUUAUGGAAGUCUUAGAGUUCUGGAUUUGGGGUCUGCUCAUCCCCAAAGAUUAAUGGACCUGGUGUAAGAUCUGGACAUAGAGGCUUCAGAGAGACUCGUGCUUUUGUGGAUGGAACGCUCUGGGACAGGCUGUGGGAAGAUCUUUUGUGCCAAGAUAGAAGGAAGGACGGAAAGCUCUUUUUUGUUGUCUUAAUGGAUCUACAGAGUAGGGUUGUCUCAAGAUCAGCCAACUCUGAGAGGAAGUUUCUCUCUCCAUUGCCGUCAGCAAGAGAGGAGCUGAGAGAACCAGAAACAAGAUGUUGUGUGGGUCCCGUGUGGGCGUGAAGACUUCUCUGGGCUCGUGGACUUUGCUGCUUUCUAAGCUUAACCUCUUGAUCUCAUGGCAGUGACUUGAGCUUUUUCAUGUGUAGAAGAAAGCCAGAGGUUCUGCUUGUUCCUCUCUGUCUCACCUCACUGUUCUUUUUCCCUGGCCUCUCAUCUCUACCCUAGAUACCUCUUCUUACUCUCAAGGGGAAUAACAUCAGGGAGCCCCUAUCUUCCUCCAGAAGGACCUCUUGUUCCCUGAUGUAGGUAAUGCCAUUUCCUCUCAUCUCUUGGUGCUGAUAGUUCUCUGAAGGUGGGGCAUCCCUCCCUACUGCCGCCCUUCUUCUUCAGAGAGCCCCCAGCCAGCAGCAGGCCCCUGUGCCUGCACUCCCUAGCCUUGCCCCUCGCUGCCUCAGUGAGGCACUAGUGCCACUGCCCUGGCCCAGGCGAGCCACAGCUCAGCCUGCAGCAGGAAUACCUCUCAGUGGCCGAAACAUCUGCUUUUCUCUCUCUGGUGUCACCCUGUGGCAACAGGCUGGAGCAGGGUGAGGAGAAGGCCUUCUUUGUUGGGAUGCAGGCUCAGAACUUAAACACUCAUCCUGAUCUCUAGGCCCUAUUCCUGUUCAGGGAAGAAAAAUCAAAUUCUUUAUCAAGAAAAAAGCACCUAACACCUCCCCGUGGACAUCCCUAAGCUCUGCUUUAGGGAGUAUUGUAAAGGUUCUAGCCUUUGUUGAAGUUGCUCUCAUGGAAGUCUGUUGGUCCCUCUGACCUCAGCGCCUGCUCAUAGCUUGCCCUCUGCCCAACUCAGGCAAUCUGUCUUGGCAGAUCUCCCCAGGGUGGUCCUUGCUUCUCACCCAGAUUCCUGCUUGUGCAGGAGUCUGUGCUUGCUGGGCCUCCUUUGCCUAGCCUGGCCCUCUGCCAAGCACUCUGCACUGCUCUUGACCCCACCAGCAGUGGGGCUGGUGCUCCUUAGAGAGGGCCUCGUGGCUUUACACUGGCGUAGCUGCCUCUGCCCCACCCUGCUGGCUCCCAGGGAGUUUUACCCCAGGAGAGAGUUGACCUUGCUGGAGGGUAUUGGUAGAUGACUCCUAAGAAACAAGAAACAGCAGAAGCAUGUUUAGGAAGAGGUUUUCCUCUUGUCUCUGUCUCUCAAAGGACACAGAAUGAUAAAUAUUUAUUGUCUUAGAUCAUGAAUUUCUGAUACCUCCCACUCACGGGGAUCUAAAGGAACCCCCAGUGUAGAUCCCACAUAAGGUAAAUUCAGUAUAUGUUGUCUCUUUCCAGUGAUUAAACACUUGGCACCAAGCCUAUAGGUAGAUGGGUACUUGGUGCCAUGCCCUGCUCAUGCCCGCCUCAGUAUACCACAUCCCCAAGGAUCCUCAAGAGGUCUGGGCUGUGGCAGGAUAGGCGCUGAGACCAGCAGAUCACUCUGUUGUUGGUGUUGAGCCCAUUAAUUUCUAAAACAUCAGUCUGUCUUCACUUCCUUAGGUCUUGGUUUUGAGAAACGUAGCAGGCCUUUUGGUUUGUUUUUUGUUUGGGGCAUGUUAAAAAAUUUUGUAAGAGUUUAAAAAUUUUAGUUGUUUCCACCCUAUUUGAGAUUAUUUUUGUUAUCAACUGUGUAUAGGACAUGUGUAUGGUUCUUUUUAACCCUUUCUGAUGUUUUUAGAGGGAACUUCAAAGAUAAACUUCUUGAUGUAUUUUUUUCAGCAAGUUAUCACUGGAAUCAAAGGGAAAAAUGAUCUCUUUGCAU